UGGUCAACUUUCCGAAACAUCUGAAUCUUUUUACAGUCCUCGGUUCUUUCUCUGAGCCAGCUGUGGGGAGGGAGAAGGGAGAGAGGAGGAGGCUGGAGAGAGAGAGAGAGAGAGAGAGAGAGAGGUGCGGAAGGGAGGAGGGAGAGUGAGCGGGCCCGCGCGGGGCGCACGGCCACCGCCUCCCAGCCUCUCCGAACUCCCGGCCGAGGCGCGCGGUGGCGUCCUCGCGCUCUUGCUCCAGCCCCCGCCCGUCGCCCGCAAGCCAGGCAUGAAUGCUGAGACGUGUGUCUCUUACUGCGAGUCGCCGGCUGCUGCCAUGGACGCCUACUACAGCCCGGUGUCGCAGAGCCGGGAGGGCUCAUCUCCUUUUAGGGCAUACCCCGGUGGCGAUAAGUUCAGCACAACUUUCCUGUCCGCCGCCAACAAAGGGCAGGGAUUCGGGGACGCCAAAAGCCGGGCCCGCUACGGAGCAGGGCAACAGGACCUGGCGGCACCCCUGGAGAGUGGCGCCGGGGCGCGGGGCUCUUUUAACAAGUUCCAGCCCCAGCCGCAGCCCCAACCACCGGCUCCGCAGCAGCCGCAGCCGCCCGCGCAGCAACCGCAUCUCUACUUGCAGCGAGGCGCCUGCAAGACGCCCCCGGACGGCAGUAUCAAACUCCAGGAAGGCAGCGGCGGCCACAACGCGGCCUUGCAGGUCCCCUGCUACGCCAAAGAGAGCUCACUAGGUGAGCCAGAGCUACCGCCUGACUCUGACACCGUGGGGAUGGACAGCACCUACCUCAGUGCGAAGGAAGCUGGGGUGAAGGGGCCCCAGGACCGGGCCGGCGCUGACCUCCCCAGCCCCCUGGAGAAGGCCGACUCAGAGAGCAACAAGGGCAAGAAGCGGCGGAACCGCACCACCUUCACCAGCUACCAGCUGGAGGAGCUGGAGAAGGUCUUCCAGAAGACCCACUAUCCCGACGUGUACGCGCGAGAGCAGCUGGCAAUGAGGACGGACCUCACCGAGGCCCGUGUACAGGUCUGGUUCCAGAACCGGAGGGCCAAGUGGAGGAAGAGAGAGCGCUUUGGGCAGAUGCAGCAGGUUCGAACCCACUUCUCCACUGCCUAUGAGCUGCCCCUCCUCACCCGAGCUGAGAACUAUGCCCAGAUUCAGAACCCAUCCUGGAUCGGCAACAAUGGGGCUGCUUCACCAGUGCCAGCCUGUGUGGUUCCCUGUGACCCCGUGCCUGCCUGCAUGUCCCCUCAUACCCAUCCCCCUGGCUCUGGGGCCAGCGGCGUCACCGACUUCCUGAGUGUCUCUGGGGCUGGCAGUCAUGUGGGCCAGACGCACAUGGGCAGCCUGUUUGGAGCGGCGGGCCUUAGCCCCGGCCUCAACGGCUACGAGCUCAAUGGUGAGCCGGACCGCAAGACCUCGAGCAUUGCGGCCCUCCGCAUGAAGGCCAAGGAGCACAGUGCAGCCAUCUCCUGGGCCACAUGACAGGGCCCCUCAGACCCAUUCCCAAGCCCUCCCCCGCCUUGGGGCACUGGCCACGUCCAUGCUUUCCAGGCCCCCAGCCUCCUACUUGGCUUUCCUCUUGGGAAUCUGACCUGGGCCAGGGGCCUGACCCUCAGCACUUUCAGUUACCCCAAGUCUGAGACCCCAUGGACUGCUGGGAGGGAGGGAGCAACAGGCCUCUGUCUUUCCCUGGCACUGAGGCCAACACCCCUGGUCCUGGCUAGAAGCAAUGGAGGAAGUUAGAUAGCCAAAUUUUGCAGCUUUGCAUCCAUUAUAAGCUGAAGACCCUUUUUCUCCACCCCUGCUCCUCCACCCUGCCAGGUUUGUCUGUUGAGUCAAGGACAGUUUCCCAUCCAGACCCAGCAAGGGCACCAGGAAAGUCAUGUCUGUCCUUCCUUCUAUUCUGGGUCUCCUGGUCACCAGGCCGAUGACUGUCUGAAGAACAGGCUACCCUGCAGAGUGGCCUCCUGCCCUUCCAUUUCCUUUUCUCUUACUAAAAGCCUAUGGAAUCCAACCUCCUGGACCCAAGGCACUGGCCUCACCUUCACCCUGAUUGGCAAGGAGCCCCCAUCCCGCCUGUCCCUUGUGCUAGACACACCUGGGGGUAGUGGGCCAAGGAGGAGAGGAGCUGGAGCAGAAGAAUCCUGGCCUAGGGGGAUGGACAGUCCCCAGGGGACAUGUUCCAAUUCCCUCAGACCCUGGAGACUGAACCUAGGUGAAUGCUGCAGGAGGAGGCUGCCAACCACCCCAGUGCCCACACGCUGGAAGAAGAAAAGCUUCUAGAGAGGGAAGAACUGCAGGGAGGCGUGUGGGAGGGGGCAGGGGCCCGUGGACACACUUCCACUCCACAGCCUGCCUGACAUCCCGCUGCUGACAGGGUGCCCGUUAUGGUGGGCAGCUCUUGGCAGCUUAGUUCUCCAUCCAGGAGGAUCUGGAGGCCCUUUUCCCUUUCCCUGCCCCAUUCUGGUCACUUGCUGGGACUGCUGAGCAGUGUCCUGGCAUGGAAGGGCUUACCCCUUGGAACCCACAAGCUAGGGCCUGAGGUCACAGCAGAGGGUCAAGAGCAGCAUGCAGGCUUUGCUAGAGGACACCUGUCCAUGUUCAGCUCCAGGACAGGUAGGUCAGCCCUUACGCUGCCUAGACUGCUGGUCCCUCCACACCUGCCAGGGCUUUCCACGGUGGGCCAUGCCCCAUGUUCCUGCAGGCAUGAGGCAGAGAGAGCUUGUCCUUGCACUUCUUUCCUAGGGGAUUGGAAUUCAGAAAUCUCAGCUUUUCUCUCCAGCCUCUGGAAGGGCUCUCGGGCUGAGCUCCUCUGGGUCACCUGCUUUGUUCCAGGUGUGGCAGACAGGAUGCUCUCCAGAAGCAGUUUCCCUGCAUGCACAAAGGGGCCUCUCUCUUGGGCGGGGGGGCUCCACUCCUGUCUAACUUGAGACCUGAAACUUGAGUUUUGGCACCAGGUCCCAGCCAUCACCUAAGCUUGUGGUACACAGUACCAGUCCUCCAAGGCAGGCCUUUCAGAGCCCCAGGAGGCCCCUCCAGCAGGUACCCCAGGGGAGAAGUACUCGCCUUCUCAACUUCCUAUCUUGAUUGUGUCAGGAGGGCCAGUCCAGCAGGCUCAGGUCCUGGACACAGGAUAGCCUCUUGGAUUGGGUGGAGAGGAGUGAGAUCCUCUGCCUUUGAGGUGCUGGAGGUGUAGAGGAAUUACAGCCUCCACCUCUGCCUCAUGUUCCCAUAUGCUCUGGAAACAAGACCAGGGAAGGAUCUGGCUUUGGCCUUCCUUGAUAAGAGUCAGACCUCUCUGUGAACCAUAGCUCUAAAAUUGAUCUUCUGGAAGUGAAAAACAUCUUGGACAUUGAAUUAAAUGUUCUUGAAGGCUUGGCUUUAAAUGUCUCAAAUACUUGAGGGUCUUGGAAUGACUCCUGAAAGCCUUUUCCAGUUCUGAGGUUCGCUGAAAUAACUCAGACUCCCCAGAAUCUAGGAAGGGAAAGGAAGCAAGAGCUUGAGGCUGGGCACGGUCUCACUCAAGUGCUCUAGUGGCUGGGAUGGUAUAGGAGGAACUUCCACCAGAGGUUGUCCUCACCUGGGCAAGAGUCAGUAUUGAGAGAGAGACAGG